GUUUUGUGUGGUUUUGAUUUCAUGAAAAAUAAAAUUUAUUUUAUAAUAAAUUCAAACAUUUGUUAAUAUUAUAAGAAAAAUAAGCAAACAUUUCAAUUGCUUGUCGACUGACUUGUGGACCAAAAUGAGUUCAUCUGAUCUGAAGAAUCCCGUAUUUAUGGCCAAAUCGUUUCUGGCCGGAGGUAUCGCUGGCAUGACUUCCAAGACAGCGGUCGCACCACUCGAUCGCAUCAAAAUCCUUCUUCAGGUCCAUAACACUCACUAUAAAGAGUACGGAGUCUUCAGCGGACUUAAGGCUAUCGUCAAAAAAGAGAGAUUUCUGAGCCUUUAUAAAGGAAAUGGCGCUCAAAUGGUGCGGAUCUUCCCGUACGCGGCCGUACAGUUCAGCUCAUUUGAGAUCUACAAGAGAGGUCUCUCGAUAUUCUUCAGGGAAUCCGAGUCCGGAAAAGUGAAUCAUUCGCUCAAAUUCUUCGCCGGUUCGAUGGCUGGCGUCACCUCAGCGUUGAUGACAUAUCCGUUGGAUUUAGUGAGGGCUCGGCUGGCCUUUCACGUGACCCAGACUGUGGAGGGCCUGAAGUUGCCGACGACUAUUGUGGGAACACUUGUGCAUGUGUUUCAAAAUGAGGGCAAAAUGGUUGGUCUGUACCGCGGAAUCACACCCACAGUGUUGGCAAUGAUUCCUUACGGCGGCUGUAAUUUCUAUAUGUUUGAGAGACUCAAGCAUUUGGCUGUCGAAUACAUGCCAUCCCUUUGUGGCUAUGAAAAGGACGGCAAAACUGUGCUCAACAUUCCCAGCAAACUGUUGUGCGGUGGGAUCGCCGGUGCCAUCGGACAGACCACUAUAUAUCCAUUAGAUGUGGCCCGAAGACGAAUGCAGCUCUCGAUGACCAGCAAUGAGACCAAGAAGUACUCCGAAGGCUUUCUCAAGACUCUGGCCAUCACUUACAGGGACUAUGGAGUGGUUCGCGGCCUUUAUAGAGGAAUGAGUAUUAAUUACAUCAGAGCUAUACCUAUGGUUGCCGUCUCUUUCAGCACUUACGAAGUCUGUAAGCAAAUGCUUGGACUCGAGACUGGGAUUUAAAUCUUUUUAUUUUCAUAAAUCGUGAAAAUUACUUACGG